GCCUGAUUCACCACCUCACAUUCCAUCACGUUAGAUCGACUUCACUCUCCUUUGCAGUCCUUGGAAUUUACUUGAAGAAUAAUCCGCGAUUCUUUGGAUGUACUAUAAAUGUCUAGUGAGAGGUGAAUUCCAGCGCAACUCUAACCUGUCACGGCCUCGACGCUCUCAGUCUGCCGUAACUCCAGUCUGUUGACACUUCCUCCUCACUACCACCACAUCUACACCCGGCGCCAUCUCCCAGUUGCGCAGACUGGCACAUCAACAGACUUGAGGACUAGAGAGAGCUUGAACAGCAUCAAACUUAUCACCACCGCAACAUGUCCAAGGCUUCGGUGGGCGACGUCUAUGCGAAAGUCAUAAAUGACGUCUGCGAGGCGUCACGGCAAGACUUUGAGGAAGGCGGUGUUGAGCUGGCUACUCUUGAAUUGCUGAGAUCGGAAUGGCAGAAGAAGCUUUCUGGUCUCAAGGUCGCGCAGCUUCCGUGGGAUCCUCCUCCAGCUCCAGCUGUUAAAGAGCAAAGCACGGUUCCCAGCAACGCGAAACCCACUCCUCAAACGCUACCAAGCAAUGGAACCAAUGUCAGCACUCCUCCAUCUCAACAGGCCGCCCCUUCAGCGCCUGUCAUCAAGACCGAAAACAAUGCACCCUCCUAUCCUAUUGAACAAGUAGCCCCUCCUCCUCGACCCUAUCAGGCACCCUCUUUCCAGCAGGGUCAGCCCUUGACAGCUCGCGAUCGAGCGGCCAUGAAUCUUCACCAGAGUUUUGGUCAACGUGCUGGACCUCAAAUCGCCCAACUUCAAUCCGGCAAUCCACCUCGUGUACCCAUGCAACCAUCUGCAGCACCCUCGAGCAACUACAUCAAGCAGGAAGACUCUGGUUCUGCGUUCACCGAUAUUCAGGACUAUACCGCCGACAUCAAGCCUCCACCACAAGCCACAGUCAAUGCAGGCCAGACAGACGGACCGUGCGACGCUCGUGACGACUGGGAGACAGAAUACGCUCAACGAAAAGCAUUCGCUGCUGCUCAUGGUGCUGAAGCUGAUCGUUUGAUGCGUGCUCACUUCCAUGCGAAGCAACAACAGCUCGAAGGCGGUGGUCUUCUGACACCUCUCGAUGAACGUACAAUUCCAGGCAAAGCUAUUACCCGAAACCUCAAGGCAAUUGUCCCGUCGGAGACGACCACACAUACCACCAGCAUCAGCCGCGCACAGGGCGAUGCGACAGGUGACGAUGAUGAUGGAGAUGAGGAUGAGGAUGCCAUCAACUCCGAUCUGGAUGACCCUGACGAUCUGGCUGCAAACGAGGAGAAUGGCGAGAAUACGGAUCAAGUCAUGCUCUGUACCUAUGAUAAAGUUCAGCGGGUCAAAAAUAAGUGGAAGUGCAUCCUCAAGGACGGUAUUUUGAGGGUUGAGGGAAACGAGUACGUUUUCCACAAGGGUCAAGGGGAAUUCGAAUGGUAAGGAGAGGAUGGACACGUCGGGACAUCCCUCGGCUAGCAAACCAUCGAAUCGAAGGAAUGCUAGCAUAAAACACCUUGCUACUCCAAAAGCCUCUACGACGUAAACAAGUCCUCCGUCUCUCUCCGAGAGCCGAAAAGUGAAUAUGGGAUAAUGACUGUACCAUCCAAAUCGGCCAACAAGCACCACAUCGAUCCAGCUACGGGUUAUGUCGACCGCCUUUUGCCAUUGUUCUGAUGACGCACGGCGUUCUUUUGGAUUUUACAGGUUUCCCUGGAAAUCGAAAUGGAUGAGUCGUGGAAGGAAACGGGCUCGAGUUCCAGCAGGACAAGCAAGUGGACUGAUUGACUUCGUUAUCCUUUUCUUGCCGCGGCUGCCUUCGGAGGAAUUGCUGUGCUGUGCUGUGCUCUGCCGCGUUGCGUUUGUAAUCCUCUCUUCUUCUUCUCGCACUUUUGACUGGGUGGUCCGGCACAAUGCUUUCAACGCAAGAAACCUUGGUGGGGAGGCCGGGGAUGAAUGAGCUUAUCUGCAAAUAUUACGAAGGAUAGGUAGUGACAGCCAAAUGCCUCGUCUGGUAGAGGCAGCCGGCGUAAUGAACUCUGAGAUAGAGCUACAAUGCCAGUUUCUACCACCACAGAGAAAUCAGUCCUAUUAUCAGGUGCUAAGCCCAAAAGAAGUUCCAGUCUUGUCGAGUCCUUCAAUUCC